AUGACCUACGAUAAACAAAACAAUGGCAAUCUCGCCAAACCGUUCACACCCACCCUCAGCGCUGCUUUUCACCGGAGCAACAAGGCUCCUUUGACCCCAAAGCUCGCAAAUCCAGGCUCUGGAUAUCCUGCCCGCCGCCUAGCACAACCUGACCACCCCUAUUCCACCCCCUCCAAAGACGACCCCCCGCCCGCCAAUGUCACUCCACGGUCUGGUCCCAGAACCACCCGGCGAGAUGGCGCUGUAUACUCUCCGACCAAUACACCUCCUGCCCCCUCUCCGCAUACUCCAUACUCGCAGUCAACACUCGGCUACGGGCGUCGAGACCGCAGCCCGGCUCGCGGGGUCAAGCCGGAACAAUCCCGAAGCUUGAAAGCCAAGUCCGUCCUGGAGAGCCAAUCCAUAUCGCGUCCUAGUUCUGUCUCAGAGGUUACAUCGGGAACUCCUCUGUUCUUCCAUGCAUCCGAUGCGCGAUCAGCACAUCCUUUGGAGCCGCCAGAUCCACCUCGGCCGAGACCUUUGGGGAAGACGUCCCCGGCCUCGAGCUUCAUUUAUGCGAAUGGAGAUCAAGAGCUAAAGACUCUAGGAGAACAGUCCGGUGCCACGUCCACUUCUGCCAAACGUCGAUCGGGAGGUCUUCCCCGCCCCCCGCCUGCCAGUAAACCAACGCCUUCUCCGGCCUCGCGCUUGAGUUCUCCCAUGCUUUCAGCCGCCCCUUUACCUACCCCGGAAGAUGCGAGACUCCCCUUUGUCUCGAACACCGAUAAUGGAUUGGAGAUACUUCCGCGUCUUAGCUCACCACCAUCCAGUACAAUUGGCGAGAAACCAUUCUCUCCACCGAUCCGACAUACGAAGUCCUCGAGUGUUGACUCGUCCCGCUAUAGAAUCCACUCAUACGAUGGCCUAGGGGCAAGCCCGGUCAUUUUGUCCGGGAGCGAUUAUGAUGAUGGGAUGGCACCCAUGAUGUCAGAGCACAUUCCCACCCUUCGUCCUCGCAUCUUCAGCAAUGGCUCCAGCAUCUCAACCGAUACAUACCCUCCUGCGCCGCUCAGUCCCGGGAAGUCCGACGCCCCGAGCGAGGCAGCUCUCAAUGCGCGCACCGAACGCAAAAUCAUGGAUUUGGAAAUCAGUAACUCUUCACUGCUCGCCAUAAACCGCACGCUGGAACGCGAGAUGCGGCAGCAGAAAGCGGAGCUCCGGCGUUUCCGGCGGUUGAGCCGCUCGGGGCGGAUAUCCAUGGCACCAUCCGGCCGUUCAUUCUCUGGAGUGGCACUAUCAACCACCAGUGAACAGGGUGAAGGCGAAAGCGAGUUGUCCACCCGGUCACGUGAAGACACGUCCGACGUCAGCGAUGAGGAUUCAAUUGUGGAUGAGAGUAUCAUGAGUCCAGGUUCGCUAGCCGAGCAUGACGCCAAACACCUCGUCAAUGAUGAGAAACGUGUUAUGCUGGACCUGGCGCGACAUCAAGAGGUACUGGGGGACAGCCAGAAGAUGAACCAGAGUCUCAAACGGUGUCUAGGCUGGACCGAAGAACUCAUCAGGGAAGGACAAAGAGCCCUUGAGUAUAGCGUCCAUGUCCAGGACAUUGAGCUAGGAGGCCGAGUGCUAGCACCCGAAGAACUAGGCGAAAUUGGCGAGAGUCGUCGUGGUCUUUUGAGCCCUUCGACCGAAUACAAUGCCCUCCUUUCUCCCGUGCAACCCUCCUCUCCCGAAGUAUCAUUUGUCGAAUCGCCAUCUCUUGGAAUCUAUACUGAACCCUUUCUGUCCCCCGAUCUCACUACAUGA